AUGUCAAAGGUAAAAUUAAAUCUGAUAGCUGCAGCCUGUGAAAAUAUGGGGAUUGGUAUAAAUGGAACAUUACCUUGGAAGCUAAAAAAGGAGAUGACAUACUUCACAACAAUGACAACAAAAGUUAAAGACAAUAACAAGAUUAAUGCUGUAAUAAUGGGCCGCAUAACAUGGGAUUGCAUUCCUAAUAAAUAUCGACCAUUGCAUAAUAGGGUUAAUAUAGUUCUGACACAUCAUGUGGACGAUGUAAAAGCAAAGGUUCCUGAUGGUGUAGUGGUGGUCCCAAGCUUAGAUGAAGCAAUCAGAUACAUUGAAGGAAGAGAGGACAUAGAAUCCACUUGGGUUAUUGGUGGAUCGGCCAUCUACAAGGCUGCAAUGGAACAUGAAAACUGUGGCAAAAUAUACCUGACAGAGAUACAGAAAUCUUUUAACUGCGAUACAUUUUUUCCAAACAUAGACAAGCAACAGUUCCAUUUAGUGGACGAAGAAGAAAUUCCAGGAGAAAGACAGCUGGAAGGGGAUAUAAGUUAUUUUUUCCGAGUAUAUAAGAAGUUAUAA